GUGGGCGGACAAUUAAAACGCCACGCUUCGUCUGUUGUAGCGGUCGCAGGUAGGUGUUUCGCGGAACAGCACAACAUAAAGAUGGAGUUGCGAGAUGACCUAAUAAACUUGCAUUGCAAAGAGCAAGAACAGACUCGCAGCACCAUGCGGGUGCAUGAAGCCGAUGCGACCUUCGCGACGGUUCUGGGGGACAAACCGCGCACUUGCAGUGUCCGUAUUGGGGACUGGACGGGCUCCACUGGACAUGAAUCACGCAACGGGCUGGAAUCCUCCUCGACCGCAACAUCCUCUUCCUCCAGUGGGACCUCGCGGCCGGGCCGGAAAAUAAGAAGAGAAGCUCUUGCUACUUCACCUUCUGCGAGGACCACAAUUCGAAAGUUCAGGUUGAAGAGAAACAAAAAUCGUGCGGUGAUAGCACCGCGCAAGAAGAUCGAUAACGACGCGGAAAUGAUACCAUUAGUUGCAAAUCAUAAUUCGCGGCCGAAUCGAGGGGCAAAGAAAGGAAAACUUCCAGGACCAAAAGGAACGGAUAGAAAGCAAGAGCACGACACGAUGAUAAUCGAGGGCGACAGCAUGUCCGGAAAAAUAAAAGCGCAGAGAAAGAGCAGACGAGUUGUUCCCAGGCUCGCGGCAGCGUCCUCUUUCGCAGCCGCAUUCUUUGGCUGCCUCGCAGGCGUGGUUGCCCAAAGCAGCGUGACCAUCGUGGCGAACGCCGACAUGGGGACGUGCACUUGUGACAUCACUGCGAACAAAUGCGACCCAUAUUGCUGCUGCGACCCGGAUUGCAGCACCGGCGUACAAAAUUCCGGCUUCAGCAGCGACUGCAUCACCGUCGGAGCGUCAAACGCCCUGGAAUCGCAAUACUCAUGUUCGUAUCAAAUGUAAAAAUGUCUGGGUCUGGAAGAUUCUGAGACUUGUCACGCAGGUUUUGCAUGAGUCUUGAUGCCUGUGAUGCGUGCCCUAGCAUCACAGAUUUUUUGAGGGCUUCUUGAUGCCUAUUCCGCAUUACAAAUGCCCUCGCUGCGUAGCAAAAAUCACACUCCCUUUGCAGCUCAUGCAAUACAGAUUUUUUUGCAAUCCAGGGUAAUUGCUCACCAGUCGGGGUAAUUGCUCACCAGUUCGGGUAAUUGCUCACCAGUCGUUUUGUAUGCCGAGUCAAGAGGUGCAACACGAACAGAUAGGCAUGAAUUUAGCAUCUCCGGCUGGUAGAGCAAUCGGCUACCGAGGUACGUCAGGGGGCGUAGCUACAUCAGUCAAUCAAUCCAAAUGCAGCAUCACAAGUUGCAUUCUUCCAGACCCAGACACUUUUACAUUUGAUAGUUCGUCAAAAAGUUACGUACAGGAGGUGAAUCCAAGGUAAGACUUCCGAGCACAUUCAAAUUAUGUGAGUAGGUAUAGGUUGUCAAUAAGAUUCAUGUGAUGUUUCCGUUUCAGCUGUCGUGGCGCUCGAAGAUCGCAAUUGAUGCAACGGAAGCCAACUGUGCAUGAUGAUGAUACGAUUGAUUUUUAUCCUCACGACUGAUUCUCAGAACGGACGUUUCCGUGCUGCAAGACGACCUGCGCAACCUCCUGUGUGUCCACAUCGACAACUCCGCUGCGGAUGGACGGUAUUUUGAUUCUUCUGCGACGACAGCGUACGCAACCUACACGUCCGAGGUUUCCUCGAGGUCCCUCUCCUCGUAUAUCCAAAGAAAAAAACCCAUCCACAUCCAAUUUGUCAUGCAAAACACGUAUAAAAUCAUGUGUUUGUCAUGCAAAAAAUGGAUGUGGAUGGGUUUUUUUCUGUGCUGGAUAUCGUAUCCCGUUCUCUCCCUGGAGCAUGUCGACGCGUCCACGGCGAGUUCUGGGUACACCGUUGGACAUCUGGUCAAAAUGCAACAGGCUUGGACGACCGCAAAUGUGGUGGCACCGCUUACAACCACGGGUGCGCUGGAGAGCGCGGCGGGGACGUACGUGCAAAAAUCUCGGGAAUGGAAGGUACUAGCGGAAUAGUGAAUUAAUUAUGGGGAAGUUGUUGUGGGAGAACAAGUAGAUGCUUGUAUACAAUCGGCGACGAGAACAGACGCAAUAGAUGCCUUGCUGCUCGUUCCGUAACAUUCAGAUGAAAAAUCAAUCAGGUUCCCCUUCCAGAUGCGAGCGGGCGCUGCAGCGACCAGCCCGUGCCUUUUAUGUUUGACAUUGCGAGUACGUCGUGUCAAAUGGAAUCGGUAGUGUUGAGCACGGCCUGUACCACGACGCUGAACGCACAGCAGCUUUCGACGUACCAAGUGCAGGGCCACAAUUUGUACGCCGCGGGCAGUGACACGGUCGCUACUUGCGCGGCGGCUGAUUGCGUCUCCCCGUUAGUGCAGAUCAGUGGGUGCGCAACUACUUCUGCCACCAGCACUGACACUUUCACGAAGCCAACGUUUGCUGGGUCAACAUUGUCUUCGGUUACAGCGGGCACAGCUUGUACUGCAACGGCGGAGGAACUGAAGAAGGGCAAGGCGUCGGUACUGAGUCUGAGUCACCAAGCAACUAUAACUUGUUUUUCUGACAAAAUCUCUAGGCGCGAUUAAGUUCAUUUUUUUUACGUUAUCUACUUCAAUAUCAAUACGAUGAAAAAAAAACAACAUGAUCCAUUAACCCAGACCUAUACCGCCGGUACGUCGACGUGUUCCAAUGCAGUUAUAGGCGCACACUACACCGUUACCUACACUUCGUCGACGAAGAAUGACAUCACCAGUGUAGUGGUCCAGUAUGAGUAUGCCGACAUUGUCGCAACAUCCACGGUAAGAUAGAAGUAGAGCAUAUUGCGCAUUCUUGCUUUGCCUUCAGUUUUCAACUUGUAAGCUAUCAAUGGGCCGCCGCUGUACGCCUACUGAUCUAAUGUUCGCAAUACCAACAAUUUUGAAGACAAGUACUUAGGCAAUCGUCGUAUCUAGCUGAUUACGGAAGUAUUUCCCGUGCAGAAAAACGUGAUGUAAAAGAUGAAUCUUAAAUUUUCCACCUCCAGGACAUCACUUUCACGACUUCGGUGAGCUUCGUUUAUAACUCGGGGACAGCCAGCGUUGCGAGAAGUGGGAAUCCGGGCUACCUGUUCGGUAAGCCGUUGCUGCUCGAAAAGUGUGGCCAGUCGACCUCCAGUGGCUGCACCAGUUUCGUCACGACUGCGGCGCACGGGCUGCCCGGCGUGUCGCUUGGAGAGUGCGAGUAUGCCAGUUCAUCGAACACCGUUAAAUUCCAGGUCGAGCAAAUUCCCGUAAACUUCGGUGAAGACACGGUCGCCGGGUGCAGUUUGUCCUUCACCGCUGCGGAACUUGCGACCUUUUGCGCAGCUUCAGGUACUGAAGAUCGUGAGGUUCUUUUUCAUCUUUGGUCGUACCCUACGUGGUCGUUUGCUUAGAAUAGAAUUUUGUUGCAGUCGCACACCUCUUACUUCGAAGAUUACCGUACUUUGAACUUCAUCUUAUCACUUCAGCAAACGAGAUCGUGAUGCUCCAACCCGUGCCCACGACCGGCACCGGCACUUCGCAAAAGUCGUACAAUUACGGUUUCUCGCACGUCGGCGCCUGGGGGAGCUCGGACCGCAGCAACAUGGCCGACUACGUAGAAAUCCAGGCCUCUACUGCGGACACCACGAAGACCACGACCGACCCGUGUGAGAAACUGCAAACGCAAACGUACGAGUUUGCAUACGCACCGUUCGGAGAGCAAACCAAUCCGCAGUACAAGAUCACGGGCGCAUGGGCAAAGCGAACUUACGUAUAAAUAAAAUUUAUCUACUGCAACUUCGCGAGUUCCUUCCCUCGUCCUUUUUUUUUUCGCAAUACACUUUUUGUUUGUGCUCGUGGUACUUUCGAUUCUCAUGCACUAGUUGAGGUUCUACUUCUUCGUUGAUUGAGUCAACAUUCUUGUCAUUGCAGGCAACCUUGAAGCAUACGCUGUCGGAUCCGAGCAAGAAGCAGAGCUUUCCUUUCUUCGUGAACAUUCAAUUUGUGAAGCAGGCCGACACCGCAGAGCUGGAGCUGAACAUACCGCCGCGGCCGGAUCUCCCGGUCUACUUGCCGUCCGAUGUCUUCUACCCGUUGACACUGUUCGACUAACGCAGUGAAGAGUCUUGAUGGGAGAUGAAGCAGAAGCAAGACAGAAACCACUGCUUGCGCGUACAUAACUGAGAUUCAUACUAAGUAGUAAAGAAAUUACUAUCGCCUGUACAGUAUCCGCUCGCCUUGCUGAUCCUUAUGUCACAUGUUCAUGUUGGGUUUGCAUUUUUACGUUGAUACUAUCUCUUCCUUCAAAGCAGCCCCGGUUGCUCGGGUGUCAAUAGAUUAGCAGAAUAAUUCUAUAAACAAGUUUUGCAAGUAGAAUCGUGCCAGCGUCGGCCCACAUUGCGGCCAUGCAUGUAAAAAAAAAAAUGAGUUGGCCUAAGCUGCGCUAGCUGCACCUGCAAAUUAUCUUGAUUACUUUGCGAAAAAGAACUUGCACCACGCCGGGAUAAACGAAACAGGCAUUUCUUGCUCACGAAACAACUAAAUGCACUUCUGAUAUGACAGAGGGUCCAUCUUGACUAAGAGCAAGAAAGAAAAAAAUCCAGAUUCGGUGCUCCGAGGUACCGGUGCAGGUGCUCUAAAUGUAACCUUUACCCUCCGCGCCC